ACAGCCCGCUCCGGGGGGGGGCCAAACAGUAGGCUGGAGCUGGGCACAGCAAAACUGAGCUGGGCAGAGCUGGGCAGGGCAGGGCCAAGUUAAGCAGAGCUGAGCUGGGCAAAGCAAGGCAGGGCAGAGCACAGCAUGAGCGCGGCCACUCACUCUCCGCUGGUCCAGAUGGCGACCAACAGCGGGGGCGGCGACCGAGCCCCCCUGCCCCCGGGCUGGGAGAUUAAAAUCGACCCCCAGACGGGCUGGCCCUUCUUCGUGGACCACAACAGCCGCACGACCACCUGGAACGACCCGCGGGGGGCCCCGGACGGCCACAAGGAGAGUCAGUCCUCUGCAAACGGCCCGACCGGGGAGAGCCCGAAGCCGCAGGUGGCCAGAGAAGGGACCCCGGUGUACCCUCAGCUGCGACCCGGCUACAUCCCCAUCCCGGUCAGCCACGAAGGCUUGGAGAACAGGCCGCAGCAGCCCCCGUCUCAUUCCUUUCACCAGCCGGGCGUGCAGCGGGUCAGAGCGGAAACCGUGGCCCAUCCCGCCAGGUCGCAGUCGCCUCUGCGGGCCUACGGCCAGCCCGAGUCGCCUCUCAGGGGCCCGGCCGAAGCCGGCCAGCCGGACAGACAGUGCGGACAGGCGGCGGCGGCCGCCGCCACCCCUCCGCCUCCCGCCUCUCACGGGCUUGAGCGAUCUCAGUCUCCGACCGCUUCCGACUCCCCGCCGCCGGGCCCGCCUCAGCCGCCCGGCCGAGCCGGCCUGGGUGGCCACCCGCUUCCCCGCGGGUACAUCCCCAUCCCCGUGAUCCACGAGCAGAACGUGCUCCGGCAGCCUGCCCAAGCCUACCACCAGGCCCAGAAGACCCAUUACCCGGCGCAGCAGGGCGACUACCAAACCCACCAGCCCGUCUACCACAAGAUCCAGAGCGACGAGUGGGAGCCGAAGCCCUUCCGCGCCCCGUCCCCGUUCAGGAUGCCCCCGAAAGCCUCGGCCAGCCGGGAGAGCUCGCCCGGCAGAGCCGGCCCGCAGAUUCCUCCCCCGUCUCCCGUCCGGGGGCACACGGUGGCGGACAAACCCACCCAGGCAUCUCCUCAGCCGCCAGCGCCGCACCAAGAGCCGCCUCCAGCGCCUCAGCCCAAAAACAAGCCGGAAAGCAAGGCCGGGACAGACCCGCCGCCAAGUUACGUCCCGAUUCAAGUCGUCCACGAGGAGCUCGAUUCCAAGCCGCUUCCGCAGAAGCCCCCGCCUCCGGCCGAGAGGGUUGAUCUAAAGAUCCCCCCUCCUCCCGUCCCCGUCCCUUGUCCCCCGGCGAGCGGGGCUUCGGAAGAGAGGCCGGCCCCGGCGGAAGCCCCACCUCCGAAGACGGCGGAGGGGGACGACGGCCCGAAGCACCCCGGCGUGCUGAAGGUGGAAGCCAUCCUGCAGAGGGUCCGAGGCCUGGAGCAAGCGGUCAACUCGUUCGAAGGCAAGAAAACUGACAAAAAGUACCUGAUGAUCGAAGAGUACCUGACCAAAGAGCUGCUCGCUUUGGAUUCAGUGGACCCGGAGGGCCGCCCGGACGUGCGUCAGGCCCGGAGGGACGGCGUGAGGAAGGUCCAGAAUAUUUUAGAGAAACUGGAACAGAAAGCCGUAGACGGCCCGGAUCAAAUCCAGGUGUACGAACUGCAGCCCGGCUUGCCGGAGAGCGCUCACCCUCAGCAGGAAAUCAUGGAGGUGGACGCUGAGGCGGACAGGGGCAAGAAGGAUGCGGAAAACCGAGGGGUCGGAGAGGACUCCAAAUCGGAAACGCACCAGCCGGAAACGAGGGGAGCCGCCGCGGAUCCCGCCAGCACAGCCGACACAUCCAGCAAUCCCACAGGACCUUAGCCGUCUGCUGAGAGCAGAAACCUGGACUUGGGACUGAUUGUGUGUUUAAAGAAAUUUUAGGUUGCAUGUCUUUCAGGAGCUGAGCACCAAGGGGUUUUUAAUCUACGUAGCAGCUUGGGACACAGGAAACGCUCGGAGAUAACGAACAACCCAAGGGCUAGAAUGAAAAUCCCGCUUGUACUCUGUAGUCUUCUCUUGUAUAAAUAAGGAAAUCGCCUCCCGUUUCAAGAAGCUAGCCCCGUCCCUCGGUGGGUUUUGUGCCAUAUUCGUGCCGGGGUACUGUGAUGUCAACAUCGGUAUGAGCAGUCUCACACGGUUUGUUCCUGGGCUGUUAUUGGAAAAGCCACGCCCGGUCCCGAACGGUAUGACGGAUUCUUCAAAAGUUGCCACUUGAAUAUGAUUUUUUUUUUUUUUCCUUUUCACAAUUGGGCACUUUAAUGAUGGGUAGAAAGUGUGCAAGGAGUUGUAGGACUAUUUAUAAGUGUGGACGAUUUCAAUGCUAUAUUUUAAAAGGAAAAUAAAACAAUAAUAUAUUAACCUGAAA